UGGGACCCCCACUCCUCCUUGAGUCCCCCACCCUUGGCAUCCCCAUCCUGGUGAAACCCCCAGGGGCCCCAUUUGAAGGGCUGGACAAAGGCUAAGCCUUGACAGCUCAUCACAGACAUGUGGGUCCCAGAUGACCCCCAGUCUAAUGCUGCUUCCUCCCCACCAGCUCCAGCCUGCAUCCCACCCUGCGGGUACCAACCGGCUGCCAGCAUCUUCAAGUGCGCUACCUGCCGCUUCGAGCACUGCCCAUUUCCCCUGGACUGCCCAGUGCAGGACAAGUGGGUCCAGGAGGAUGAAGCCAUCACACUGCUCUGCAGCGUGCCCUUCGCCACCCCCGCGGGCUCGGCCGUCACGUGGAUGUUUGCCAAGGACCUGCGCACACAGGACCUGGCACACUUUGAGGAGCUGCAGGGCAGUGUGUCAGGACCUUUCAGCCUGACCAUUCAGGAGCCUGUUCCAGGAACCGUUGCCUGCUGCCUGGGGCCCAUCUCUCAGCCCUUGGUCCGCAAGUACUUCUACAUCAACGUGUCAGAGAGAGGUGUAGAGGAAGAGAAGUUGCUCCAGGCUCGGUUCAGAUCUGUGCUGCACUGGUCCCACCAUGAGGCCGCUGUGCACCACAUGGCACUGCUGAGGCUGGGGCUGGCAUUUGGCUCCAUCGUGCUGCUGAUGCUGCUGGUGGUGGUGGCCAUCUGGCAAUGCUGGAGGCUCCGAGGUCGCCUUAACACCCAGACAUCCUCCAGACACCAUGAUCCUUCAGAGUGUUCCAAAUGCCUGGAUUCACCCUAGAGGAGCUUGAUGUGUGGACCCAUCCCUGAGGACCAACACUUCUGCAAUUGCUUUUCUUCCAUUGGCACAUGCAAGUGGGAAGCAGUCUGAAGAUGGAGGCACAGAGCUCUGAGCAGCUGGGUUGUGCUGGAGAUAGAGAGCAGGGGGAGCUUGGGCUUGCAAACAGAAAUCAGUGGGGGCUUGCUCAGAGCAAACUGAGCACUGGGCAGAGCAUCAACAGUCCAAAAUAUAUUUCUGAGAUGCCUGACCCUGCAUUUCAACAGCUGGCACCAAGGGGAGGUCAGACUGAUCGCUGUAGGAAAGCUUUCUCUUGGUAACUGUUGUAGCAAAGCCACCUUUGCACGGCAUGGCCACUACCAACACCAAGCUGCUGUCUGCUCUGAUUGUUCUCCUAAAAGCAUUUCAUCACUUACUUACUUUUACACCACUUGGUAUCAGCUGCAAUGUCUGGGCU